GCCAUCCAUCUAUCUAUCCGUCAAACCAGUGAGGAAGAGGAGGAGAGAUGAAGAGACCUUAUGAUGACUAUAGCUCUCCAGACUCUGAUGACAUGGACAAGCUGAUCGAUGUGGGACAGGAAGACGGCUUCUGUCCAGUCACUGGGUCCAUGUCCCCAGUUAGCACCUCCCAGAUUCUGGCCCGGAAGAAGAGAAGAGGGAUCAUAGAGAAGAGACGCAGAGACAGGAUCAACCACAGUCUGUCAGAGCUUAGAAGACUGGUGCCAAGUGCUUUUGAGAAGCAGGGCUCGUCUAAACUGGAGAAGGCAGAGAUUCUGCAGAUGACGGUGGACCACCUUAAAUUGCUGCAUGCCAUCGGGGGCAAAGGGUACAUUGAUGCUCAGGUCCUGGCUGUGGACUAUAGGACCCUGGGAUUCAGACAGUGUGUAGGAGAGGUGGUUCGGUACCUGGGCUCUUUAGAAGGAGGGGUGGACUCCCCGGACCCUAUUGGAGCCCGCCUGGUCUCCCACCUCUCCCACUGCGCCAGCCAGCUGGACCCUCUUCUCCUUCAGUCACCCCCCACCUCCUCCUCCCUCCCUUUUCCUCCCUGGCCGUGGAUCUCCUCCUAUCACCAGAUGUCACCUGUCUCGUCUCCCCACUCUCCAUCUUUCUCCGCGGGGCGGAGGGAGCUGGCACGCCUGGGGGGUGGGGGUUAUCCAUCCCGCUCAGCUGACACCCUGCAUCUCGCCCCCCUGGGGGGCCAACAGGGGUCUCUACUUGCCCCUGCCCAUGUGCCCUCUCUCCCCUCUCCUUCCUCCCCUACCCUCACCCCCUCCCCCACUCACAGACUCACUCAGCAGUCCCCCGGAGCCUCACCCCUCCUCACCACCCCCUCUUCUUCUUCUUCUGCUUCUGCUUCCUCCUCCUCUUCCUCUGCUCCUCCGCGAGUCUCCUUCAGACCUUUUGCCCCUAUGGGGUCUCCCGCGGGUCAGCGCAGGGGUAUGCGUGGCUCUGCCAAGGCUCCAAAGACCUGGGGGACUGAGAUAGGAGCCUUCUGAUCCAGAACCUGUCAACAUGGCGUACAAUGUAGAGGUUGCCCAACUAAACCUACCUUUAAACCACAGAUCUAGGAUCAGAUUCCCUUACCCCUAAAUAUACCCUUAACCACAAAUCUAGGAUCAGAUGACCUUACCCCCUAAACCUACCUUUAAACCACAGAUCUAGGAUCAGAUGACCUUACCCCUAAACCAUCAGAUCUAGGAUCAGAUGACCUUACCCAUAAACCAUCAGAUCUAGGAUCAGAUUACCUUACCCCUAAACCACAGAUCUAGGAUCAGAUUACCUUACCCCCUAAACCUGCCUUUAAACCAUCAGAUCUAGGAUCAGAUUACCUUACCCCCUAAACCUGCCUUUAAACCAUCAGAUCUAGGAUCAGAUUACCUUAUCCCUAAACCAUCAGAUCUAGGAUCAGAUUACCUUACCCCUUAGACCUGCCUUUGACCUAUUGAAGGAUGAAAUCAUAUCUGACCCUAGAACAGUGGUUAGGGACAACUACUACCUCCUCUGUCUCUCUCCCUCGCUGAUGCCAUUUCUCAAUGACAGAGACUCUAAAGCCAUACGACAUGACAGAGAGACAGACAGAGAGACAGUCAGAGAGACAGACAGAGGAAACAGCAGGGACGGACAGAGAGACAGACAGAGAGACAGACAGAGAGACAGCAGGGACUGACAGAGAGACAGACAGAGAGACAGCCAGAGAGACAGCCAGAGAGACAGCAGGGACUGACAGAGAGACAGACAGAGAGACAGCAGGGACUGACAGAGAGACAGAGAGACAGACAGAGAGACAGACAGAGAGGCAGCAGGGACUGACAGAGAGACAGACAGAGAGACAGCAGGGACUGACAGAGAGACAGACAGAGAGACAGACUGGGAGGAAACAUCAGGGACGGACAGAGAGACAGACUGGGAGGAAACAUCAGGGACGGACAGAGAGACAGACAGAGAGACAGCAGGGACUGACAGAGAGAUAGACAGAGAGACAGCAGGGACUGACAGAGAGACAGACAGAGAGACAGACAGAGAGACAGCAGGGACUGACAGAGAGACAGACAGAGAGACAGCAGGGACUGACAGAGAGACAGACUGGGAGGAAACAGCAGGGACUGACAGAGACAGACAGAGAGACAGCAGGGACUGACAGAGAGACAGACUGGGAGGAAACAGCAGGGACCGACAGAGAGACAGACUGGGAGGAAACAGCAGGGAUGGACAGAGAAGUUGGACAGAUGAAGAAAGCCAAGAUGGAAGACCGAGUCCUAAGAGAGAACAGAAUAACUAAAGACUACCAGAGCGGGACACACAGGCUGCCUGACGGUCCUACUUGUACAGAAAGCUCUGAAUCUCAGUUUGUAUGUGGAUCUUCAUAGCAAUACCAUGUUGUUCUCCACUAGAAGCGACCCAAUAGAUUGUCUAUGAACGAACGAAUGCAAGAGACUAUAUAGAACACUUCAGAACCACAUAUACGGGAGUUCCACAAUCCCAGAAAUCCUGGUUGGAAAGUUACCAGCAUGUUUUCAACACUACAUAUAUAUAUAUAGGGAGACGCAGCUCUUCUCAAACUGUCCCUGUGAAACUGAGCUGUGAUGUUUUAUUUUGUAUCUUUUAAAUAAUUGAGAAACCUUGAUUCUGUUUUUAUUAACAUUGGAAUGUCUGAUAAAAGUGGUUUGGGAAACAAUA